GCAGAAUUGCCUGGAAAAACUCAGCAGGUCUGGCAGCAUCGGCGGAGAAAAGAGUUGACGUUUCGAGUCCUCAUGACCCUUCGACAGAACUUGAGUGAAUCCAAGAAAGGGGUGAAAACGUGGUACUGGAAAAUAUUUAUGACAGGUGACAUCAGUUAAAGAGCUAACUUAUCCACAGCCCUGGUCUGAUUGAUGGAGGCAGCUUCUAAAAGUGAAAUCAAAACAUGUGAUUCAGCUAUCAAAUUUCAACCGAUUACACAUUUGGAGAUUGUGACACUGUGCAACACCCCGAAGUUCAUUUGCACAGUUCGAAUGCAGAGACUCUGUUUGUCCCUCCGGAACAGCCAGAAGCAGCGUCGAUUUCCACCCGUCUCUGCUGAAGGAUGGACGAGUGAAAGUUUGACAAAACAGCAAAUCUGUUAACAAAAAGUUGGCUGUUGAAGGGACCCCGAAGCUGUUGAACUGACAGAACCCAAGUGAUUCACUGAUGUCCUACCCAGUUCGAACAUUGUGCCUUCAGUCCCACACCAACUGCAACUGCCCCUCUGGAGUGGGCCAGCGAGCCCCUCAGUUCCAUCACAACCAUCUCAGGGAAGCUAGGGAGUGAGAAAUGAGUGUCAACUUUACCAGCAAUGCCUGUACACGGAAAAGGAGAAAGGUCCUGCUCAAAAGUGUGUCAGCAACCAUACCUGGGGCCAAUGGGAACAAUUCUGAUUUUCAACUUGGGUUCUGCUGUCCAGGUGGAAGAGUUUAUCAUCAGCAACUGCAUGUUUCAGGUCGCAGUGCAUAAACGAAUCAGGAGUGAAGACAAACAAGCCUGGAGCCAAAAUGAAUGGCAAAAUAAGGAGGAACAUGUAUUGUGUGUUUGGACUGAUGAUAGUGAUCGGUGUUGGAUUUCUAGUCAUGGAUUUCUACUUUUCCAACUUCAUUGUUCCAAAGAGAUUUUUCAAGGAUUUAAUUUAUUAUCCAAGCGAAGCAAACGAAACCAAAAAAAUCUAUCAUAGACAAUCGAUCAAUCUGACUGACGGCAAGAACACUUUCCACAUGGACCUGAACCGCUUCCGAGCAGAGUACAGCUACAUGCAAGAUUACAAGUGCAAAGUUAAUAUCAGUAACCCUGAAAUGUGCUCCACACCAAAGUCCAGCAAACUGCUCCUAAUUGCUACCAACUCCUAUCCGAACUCGUUUGCUAAGAGGUUAGCCCUACGAAGGGCCUACGCCAAACGCCAACAAAUUAAGGACUACCUGGUGGUCACGGUUUUCAUGUUGGCCAUGACCCACGAUAAGAAGAUGAUGGAACUGGUUGGCAUCGAGUCACGUCAACACGGGGACAUUAUUAUGUGGGAUUUCGAAGAGCAUCGUGCCAACCUAACCCUGAAGAUCAGCUGCCUCCUGGAGUGGCUGAAUAACGAAUGCACGUCAGCAGAUUUUUUUGUGAAAGCCGACGACGACGAGUUUGUCAACCCUGAGGCGAUUGUGAAGCACAUCAGUGACGACAGAAACACAACGAGGUUCAUUUCUGGCUACGUGUACCGACAUGACAAGGUUUACCGGGAAGGCAGGAACAAAGUGAGCCGGAACCUCUUCCCCGACAACAUCUACCCAGACUUCCCAUCCGGCGGAGGAUACAUGGUGCCCCGUUCGUUCAUACCUGAGCUUUACCGGAAAUCGAAGACUUUACCCGUGUUCCCUGUGGACGAUGUUUUCAUGGGAUUUAUGGCUCUGGCCAGCAAUGUCCCUCUGAAACACGAGGAACGUUUUUAUGUUUGGGGACUCGAGUAUUCAGUGCAGCUAUAUAAGGGUGCGUUUGUUGUGCACUCAUUAGCUGCGGAAAAGGUUAUUGAAAUGUGGGAGAAACUACAGAAGGAGAAGAAGAAAGAGACAGUUUAAUUGGACCGGGGUUUUGUUUGUUGGGGUGAGCGAGAAGCUACACCUUCAGAUCUCGGCUUUAGGGUUCCCAAUCCUCCAGGAUCGUCCUGGUGCCUCCACCAACUGGUGAUUAAACCCAAAACACUGCUGCAAGUAAUUUUGGGGGCUAGGGGGCAGGUGGGUGGGCUGGAGAGGGAGACAUCAUUAAACAGUGUGUACAUUUUUCGCUUUCUUUCAUUACUUUUGCUUUAUCAUUGUAAAAAAAAAUAUUGGAGCUGGGCAAACGGAGGCUGUUUGAUCGAGUGGCGAGGACCAUCCAGUCGUGUGAGGAAGGGACGUUCCAAUUGGAUGCUGGAAGGAGGGGCUGGGGAGAGGUAGCAGGACGUGCCCUGUGACGUGUGGGCAUGAGGUGUGGGGUGGACGGGAUCGGAGUCGGGAUUUCAUGGGAUAGGAUCUCCAGGACUAGGUGGAACCAGAGUUGGCAACCCUUUGGUCAGACCCCAUCCAUGGGAGGAGGCAAAUUGCAACAACUACUUACCUUUCCAUAGCACCUUUGACUGAGCAAUGGAAAAAAAAACAGAGGAGUUCACCUCUCCCCCUCUGAGUGAUCUAGCCAGCCACUCAGUUGUAUCAAAGCUAACAGCAGGUACAAGGCAGAUGACAGAAACAGAUUCAAUCGUGGCUUUCAAAAGGGAAUUGGAUAAGUGCCUGAAGGAGGAAGAGAAUUGGAGAGGUAUGGGGAAAGGAACAGGCAGUAGAACUUGCUGAAUUGCACAUGCAGACAGCCAGCACAGGCUCAGUGGGCCGAAUGGCUUCUUUCUUUGCUGUAAGCAUUCCAUGAUUCAGGGAAGGUGUGCCUCCAUGUUCUCAGAGCAGUUAGCAAUUGGUGAUAAAUGCAGCCUUGCCAGCGAUGAGAAUGAGUAAUUAAAAAAAACUGGCUCUUCCUGUUUCUACUGAUUCUACCAUCCCCUGAUUCACGGCUGCAGAGUGUUUCUGAUCCCCUCCCUACCAUUGCAAAUAUUAAUCACUGUGUGUGUGAUCUGUUUCCUGACACCAGUCCUCAACUUGCCUUUUACCUGCUUGUCCCCAUACCCUGAUCAACGGGUGGUUUUUGUGAAUAGAAAACUGUUUCCAGCAGUGUUCCACAGGGUUCAGUGUUGGGGCCCUUGUUACUUUGUUGUAGAUAUUAACGAUUUGGAUUUAAACGUGGGAGGCAUGAUUGGGAAAUUUGCAGAUGACACAAAAACUAGGCGUGUGGUUGAUAGUGAAGAGGAUAGAUGUGGACUCCGGAAUGAGAUCAGUGGUUUGCUUGAAUGGGCGGAAAAGUGGCAGAUGGAACUCAAUCCAGAGAAGUGUGGUAAUGCAUUUCGGGAGGGCAAACAAAGAAAGGAAAUAUUCAAUAAACAGGAAGUUAUUGACCGGGGUUGAUGAAAUGAGAGACCUUGGAAUGCAUGUCCUCGGGUCCCUGAAGGUGGCAAGACAGGUGGAUAGGUGGUAAAGAAAGCAUAUGGAAUGCUUUCCUUUAUUGGGCGAGGUAUUGAAUACAAAAUCAGAGAUGUAAUGAUGG